UGUCAAAGCCAUGUGUAAUAUUUGUUGACGAUUUAAAUAACCUCGAGUCCUCGAAAUCUAAAAUAUAAUUGUAUUUAUACUUUUACACAACUUAUUUUGAUAAAAUUUCAUACACAAAUGGCAAAAGUAAAGAACAAGAGAAAUGCGGGGUUAGCUGAUAAAGUUCAAAAUAAGAAAAAAGCAAAUGCGACGAAGAAAACGUUAAACCCUUUUGAAGUUCAUAUAAAUAAAGAAAAACUAAAAGUUUUAGGCAAGAAAUCUAAGCAUGAUCGAGGAUUACCUGGAGUUUCGCGUGCGAGGGCCGUACAAAAGAGGAAAGAAACCCUGGGCACAGAGAUGAAGAUAAUGAACAAAACAAACACUUUCAUUGACCGUCGCAUUGGUGAGAAGAACAACCAACUAUCCACAGAGGACCGCAUGGUGGCCAGGUUCGCAGCCGAGAGAGCCAAGCAACACAACAAGAAGAGUAUAUACAACCUUGCUGAUGAUGAGAUAUUGACUCACAGGGGUCAAACUCUGGAACAAAUUGAGAAGUUUGAUGAUCCACGAUCAUCUGAUGAUGAAGAUGAAGAGAGAAGAUUUGGUGGUCUAGGAGAUGAAUUUGUGUCAGAAGGUCACUUUGGUGGUGGCGUCUUAUCAAAAUCAGACUCGAAAGACGGAGCUAAAUCUCACAAAGACUUAAUAGAACAACUUAUCGCCGAGUCUAAGAAGAGAAAAGUUGAGAAGCAGAAAGAGAAAGAACAGACACUGGAUUUAACUGAGAAAUUAGAUUCAGAAUGGAAAGACUUGCAGCCAGUUGUGUUCAAAUGUCAAAAGGAGAAGGAGAAGGAGGAGUCUAUAAUAGAUAAGCUGUUGAGUAAAGAGGAGAAGGGACUGGACUAUGACAGGAUGAUGAGGGAGUUGAGAUUUGAAAAGAGAGGAACGCCCUCAGACGGUCUUAAAAGCAAGGAAAAGCAGGAAGAAGAAGACAAGAAGAAGUUAGAGGAGUUAGAGAGGCAGAGACAGCAGAGAAUGCUUUCAGAAGAAGAACUUGCUAUGCCCAAGAGAGUUCCAACUUCAAAACAUAGAUCUGCAGAUGAUUUGGAUGACAAUUUCGAAUUGGACAACAAUCAGGACUUUAUGUUGUCUUACGACAAAGACGGCAAACCUUUGCUACCGGAACAUGUACUUAAGGACUUCUCAGUACCAAACGCUAAAAAGAAGUUUGAUGACGGUAUAUCAGAUAGCUCUGAUGAUGAAGAUGGAAGUGAAUCUGGCGAUGAAAGUGACGAUGAAGAUGAUGAUAAUGAUGUCGCUGCGGAAGUUUCUGGUGAAGGUGAAGAAGAUGAGGAGUCUGGUGAAAAAGAUGGAGAUAGUGGAGAAAAUGAUGACAGUUCUAGUGAUAGUGAUGAUAGUACUAAAAAUGUUGAAAAAAGUUGUAAUAGAAUUAAAACUAAAAGCAACAAACUUGAUAUUAAUCAUCAAAUUAAAAAUAAUGAAAAUCCGAGUAAUGAAGAAAGUAGUGAUAUUGUGAUUAAAAGUAAAGGAAAUGAAAACGAUAAAAAGGACAGUAGUAUCGAAUCAGACAGUUCAUCGUCCGAUGAUGUAAUUGAUAUAAAAGGUAAAUGUAAGAGUAAUAAUGAUAGUAAAGUUAGUGUCAAUGAAAAUAACACAAAACAAUCGAAAACAAACAACUUAGACACACAAAGUAAAAUUGAUAAAAGAAACAAUUUAAAACGGAAACAAUCAGAUACAAAUGCAGAUGAAAAAGACUUUAAUGAGCAUGUCACUGAUAAAAAGAAACCGAAAGUACUUGAAUCUAUUAAUACUAGUUCCAAAAAUAAUGAUAAAAUGACAAAUGAUAAACAUUUAAAUCACAAACAAGCAAUUGAUAACAACCAAAGCCAAAGGUCGGUAGAUGAUGAUGAAGAAAAUGAAGUAGAUGAUGACGAUGAAGAAGAUAGUGAAGAUGAUGAGGAAUCCCAAAUUUCAGAAGACGACAAACAUCUAGAUGAAUUCAAAGACCUGAAAGAGUCAGAUGAAUCGAAUGAUGAGUUAGAGGAUUGUAGUGAAAGAAUUGGUGCAUUUUUUGAUUUCAAAUUAGCUGAAGGGGAUAAUUUAAAGGAGUUGUUAUCAGGCAAAUCACCCGCCCAACAAUCGGCAGCGUUAGAUAAAUUAAUAAAAAGCUACGAUCCAAGCUUAGGAGAAUCUAAUAAAGAACAUUUAAGUAGAUUAUACGCCCACCUGUUGCAAUACACUCACGAUCUAUUUUCACAAUUAAAAACCGAAUCCGAUAUAAUGAAAUCGUUUUUAGUUUUCGACAAGAUAGUUCCAUAUUUUUACGAUCUUAUACACAUAAACAAAGUUUCCACUAAAAAGUUCAUAGUCGAAUUAUUAAAAGAAAAACACGACCAAUUCAAACGGAGGUCUAAAAUAGUACCUGAUUUAGAUACUUUAGUAUUUUUCAAAUUGGUGUCAUUAUUGUAUCCCACUUCUGAUUUUAGACACCCAGUAACGACGCCAUCUUUGAUUUUCAUGACUGAAAUAUUAUCGAAGUCUAGAUUUAGAGACGCGUUUUCGAUUUCUAGAGGAUUUUUCAUAGUGAGUCUAAUACUAGAAUAUACUGUUUUGUCGAAAAGAUUUGUGCCCGAGGCAUUGAAUUUUUUGAGAGGAAUUUUUUAUCUGUGCGCAAAUACUUCGGUAUUGAAUCCCGUGCAAGUUGUGCCGCCAUUCCGUUUGCACAGAGAAGCCAAAAUUUUAAUUUUAGAACGCGACUGUUCCAAGAUGGCGGUCGAAGAAAAAAUGGCGGGAAAAGAUUUGUUACUGUCAGAAAUAGACGAUUCGUAUAAAAUACGAUGUUUAAUGACAUCUUCGUUGAUGUUAAAGGAGUUUUUUGAUAAUUACAACGAUUUUGAGGCAUUGGCAGCCAUUUUUGAGCCACACAUACAGUUAUUGUCGAGGGUAGAUUUGGAUUUGUAUCCAGUUAAAGUUGCGCAGAAGGUUUCGGAGAUAUUGCAGUAUAUGAAACAGACGUUAGAGGUGAAGACGUACACACAGAUGGCGAAGGAGAAAGUCAGGCCGAAGGCUUUGAGGCUGUAUGAACCGGAUAUUCAGGAUGUAUUCACAGGCAGCAAGAGUUCUAAUAUGUCACGAGAGAAUGCGGAGAGAGCUAGACUGCAAGUCAAAUAUAAGAAGGAGAUGAAGGGAGCCUUGAGAGAGAUAAGAAGAGACAAGGCUUACAUCGCCUCUGUGAAGAUACGGCAGAAGAUUCAGAGUGACAACGUAAGGAAAGAGAAAGUGAAGCAAAUCUACAAGGAUGCUUCUAUCCAGCAAGGAGAGUUGAACAAACUGAAACGCAUGAAGUGAUCUAUAAUGAUACAUAUUGCAAUGUACAUAAGGUUGUUAUUGCUAUAAUAUAUGAAAUUUAUUUGAAAAGUACCACAAUAGGGUAUUUAAAGAGUAAAUA